AUGAGCAGUCUCAUCUCUUGCGCCGCAUGGGUUAAAAGAGGUGUCUCUGCCCGCCAUCCAUCGAAGUAUGUCCUCGACGAUCGGGAGCUAGAGCGCGUGAGCGCGCUUGCUCGCAUCGAGCUCGAGGAUGCCCGCGUGGAACUGCAGCGUGCCCACGAAGCCGCCAAUAAAAUGGGCAAGGGUGCAGAAGAGGAAGAGGCAGACGACGGCAAUGAAGAAGAGGAUGCCUGGGUCGAUGAAGAUGAUGAUGCCAUGGACCAAGAUUCCUCUCCAGAGGAUAAAAAAUCGACCGCUAAGAAAGGUGGAGAUCUUUCAGAGUACAAUUUGGACGACUACGACGAGGAUGAUACCCGUGGAUCAGUCUUGGGCCCUUUCAGUAAUAUCAAGGGACUGACCUACCACCGUGAUAACGACGAGGAUCCAUAUAUCACUCUCAAGGAGGAUGACGAAGAGAAUGAGCGCGAAGAACUCGAGGUACUCCCAACAGACAACCUUCUGGUAGUCGCAAAAACAGAAGACGAAGUGUCUCAACUGGAUAUCUAUGUCUACGAUGAAUCUGAGGAAAAUCUAUACGUCCACCACGAUCUAAUGCUGCCCAAUUUCCCCCUUUGCCUCGAAUGGCUCGACUUCCCCCCUGCCUCCGCCUCCACGAACGCCGACUCCUCCAUGGACACCUCCGACACCCCCGCAUCCACCACAAAACAGUUCGGCAACUACAUCGCCGUCGGUACGCUCGACCCCGAGAUCGAGAUCUGGUCUCUUGACGUCGUCGAGGGCAUGUAUCCCGACAUGGUGCUUGGCCGACCGGACAAGACCGCUGCACAUGUCCCGACGCCGCUCGGCACGGGCAAGAAAAAGCGCAAAAAGGCGAAGCACCGCGCGCCCACCGCCGCGUACCACGUCGACGCCGUCCUCGCGCUCUCGUGGAACCGCACACAUCGCAACCUGCUCGCGAGCGCGUCGGCGGAUCGGACGGUCAAGCUGUGGGAUUUGAGCCGGGGCACGCCUGGAGAGGGGGAGGGCGCAGAGGGCGGAGGUGCAUUGCGGAGCUUCGACAAGGUCCACAAGGAUAAGGUGCAGGCGGUGCAGUGGAAUGCGAGGGAGCCGACGGUGUUGUUGACUGGAAGUUACGAUCGCACCGUUCGUGUCUUCGAUACGCGGGCCCCGGAUACAGGUGUGGGCGCGGUGGUUGGCGCAGAUGUAGAAGCUUUGCGGUGGGAUCCAUGGGAGACUCACGGGUUUUACGUGACGCUCGAGAACGGGCUUGUCCUGAAUUUCGACGCGCGGACGCUGCCCACGAACCUCGACUCGCCGUCACCAGCCCGCUUCACCUUAUCUGCCCACGACGGCGCCGCAUCCUCCAUCGAUGUGAACCCACACAUCCGUGGAUGCAUCGCAACAGGAGGAACGGACAAAAUGGUCAAAGUCUGGAACAUCACAGAGGAGACCGUCGGAGACAAGCGACAAGUCAGCUUGGUCACCAGCCGCGAUUUGGGCGUCGGCAAGGUUUUCUCGACCGCGUUCUCUCCGGACGACCCUCUUACCCUUGCGGCGGCUGGCUCAAAAGCCAGGUUGCAGGUCUGGGAUGUCGGGGCCAACUUUGGCGCACGCAAGGCGUUCGGCGCGAAACUUGCGGAAGCAGGGCGCAUUUUGAAGGAGAAGACCUCUGGUGGGGUCGUUGGUGUCGUCGAUGACGACGAGGAUGUCAGUGCCGACGAAGGAGACGCGUAGAUCAGAGGGUAAUUAGAUAGUCUAGGAGUGGCUCCUUGGCAAUGACAAUGGCUACAAACAAA